CAGUCAGCCAGUUACCCCUCUGGUGUUGCGUCCUACGGUACGUCUGCUCGCUCCUCGCCAGCCUCGCCUCCUCCAGUAAGGUCUGGUCGCUCCUCGCCACCACGGACGCCUCCUCCAGUAAGGCCUGGUCGCUCCUCGCCAGCCUCGCCUCCUCCAGUAAGGUCUGGUCGCUCCUCGCCACCACGGACGCCUCCUCCAGUAAGCCUGGUCGCUCCUCGCCACCACGGACGCCUCCUCCAGUAAGGCCUAGUCGCUCCUCGCCAGCCUCGCCUCCUCCAGUAAGGUCUGGUCGCUUCUCGUCACCACGGACGCCUCCUCCAGUAAGCCUGGUCGCUCCUCGCCAGCCUCGCCUCCUCCAGUAAGGCCUAGUCGCUCCUCGCCAGCCUCGCCUCCUCCAGUAAGCCUGGUCGCUCCUCGCCAGCCUCGCCUCCUCCAGUAAGCGUAGUCGCUCCUCGCCGCCACGGACGCCUCGUCCAGUAGGCCUGGUCGCUCCUCGCCGCCACGGGACGGCGGCUGUUAAACAGGUGUGAGACUCCUCUCGUCAGCGCCUCCCUCAGAGAUGGAGUGCUGCACCGCCGCCACCCGUGGCCACAGGCUGGUGCUGGAGCGCUGCUGUUGCUGUUGUUCAUUGCAAACUGGCGCCCUCAUCAUCGCCUCGUUGGAGAUAGUUGUUUGCCUGGCCCUGAUAAUCACUGUAUUGACGCAAUUUUCAGAUGAUGUGGGACAAAUAUUUGAGUUGAUCGCCCAUAUUGUCAUCGCGUUUGUGCUUAUUUAUGGAGUGAAAAAGAGUCGGCGCCAUCUGGUGGUGGGUUGGUUGUGGAUGAGGGGUGUGGUUGUGAUCAUGGACUUCAUAAUCCUCGCCCUCGACUCCAUUGUAUUUCACUCGUGGCUCCUCCUCGUCAUCAGCAUCGUCACCACAGUCAUACUCUGCUACACCAUGUUGGUCGUCCGUUCUUACGUUCUCACUAUGAGUGAGGCCGAGGAGGAGGAUAAAGUACACUUAGAGGAGGUCACCGCCAGCACCUAAACCAGCCUCCAGGAAACAUGCGGGCUCACCAUAGCCCGUGCUACUUGGAACUUUGUUCCGGGUAGCGAAUCUUUAACAACAAACAACAACUCCAGGAAAUUGAAGACUAGGCUUCGUCUUGUUUACUCCAGUGAAAAUGACGCUUACAUUCAUUUUAAUUUACCGAAGGGCCAGCUUAUCCUGCCAACGAACAUACUUUACAACUUACGACACUUUUCAUGGCUAUUGAAGCAUUUAAUUCUUACUUCCAUUAGCACUCUAAUUAUUAUCUAAUUGAAGAAAAUUCUACAUAAUCUUCAGAUGUAAACAAAUCAUUCAUGUUCAAAGUUUUCAUACAUAAUAGUUUUAUUAAAUCUUUUAUAAUGUAAUAUAUUGAAUUCGAAGAUAUAAUGACUGUGUUUAUCCUGGUAACUAGACUUUGCAAUGUUUGUUGUUUAAUGGACAGACAGUGUAAAGGCAGACUGUAAUAAUAUUCACCAACAGUGUCGCUGUUUAUCUAUUUUCGCCCAUCUAACCAUCCAUAUUCCCAAUAUCACUUCUGUAAUGUAUACUGUUCACUCGCACAGUUCACUGUUCACAGUCUACAUGUCGCUUCUCUAUUGUAUCACAACAAUCACGUCUCACAUAUCACUGUUGUAUUGUUUCACUGUACACGUUUCAUAUAACGCCGCUGUAUUUUAUUCCUAUUCAAUAAUGUUUCACAUCAGCUCGUCCUCCUAAGGUUUCCCAACGUCCACAGAACGGUCAAUUUAAAGUGUCCUCUCCUAACCUACCAGAGGACCCAAAAUAGAAAACGGGACAAUACGUAACUUUCGCUAGCCACUUCUAUUUUUUUAGUACGCCAAUUUUUGGCCUUAUGUAACGCAUAAGAUCGAAAAGCGAUGUUCUUUGUAGGAGGACAGGUAGUUCACAUAGCGCUUCUCUACUAUAUCAAUGUAUAAUCAUGUUUUACAUAUCGCUACUAUUCGUGGGGUUCAGUCCCUGAGCCCCUUAUGUGCCUCUGUAACCCUUUCCACUACCGCCCACAAGAUGGGUAUGGGGUGCAUAAUAAAUGAACUAAACUAACUAACUAAAUUAGCUACUAUUCUGUAUUACUGCACAAUUACAAGUUUUACCUUCAUUUGUUCAUUUGUAAUACUGCGCAGAAUCUCGAUCUCCUAGCGUCUCUCAUUAAAUUCAUUCAGUAUGUCCUUCAGUAUCAUUUUCUUCCGUGUUUAUACUGCUACCAGUCCAUCAACCUUAUAACCUACCCCUGUUGAUCUAGCAACAUUUAAGUUGACAUUUGUUCUUUAUCAAGUACUGUUACACUUUUUUUCUCUUUUCUACAACGGUGUUACUUAAAUUCAAUAAAGCUGGCAAUGAGCUAAAAAUACUACUGCAUAAAUUUGUCCUUACAACCUCUGUGGUCUAUUUUAGACCACAGAGGUUGGAAUAGGAGGGCGAAAGGAAGGAACGGUGCCUUUUUUAUUACUAACUCAUGGGAGGCAUGCAAGGGCAUGCCUCCCAUGCCCUUGCACCACCCAUAGCAUUGCUGUUCAAUAAAUCCCUAGAGUGUCA